AUGAUGUUUCAUCCGAGGAAGGAAAUUCCGUUUUGCGCCGUGAAGUCACCAAGGCGGAGCACCAAAUAUGGCGAUGUUGAAUCCACCAUUUCUAGCUCAUUAUCAGUAGAAUGUGCACAUCGAAUUUUUGAAUCAACGGAAAAGCUGGACAGGAGGUAUUCAUCAUACAACGUUCGAUCACCACCACUAAGCGAUUAUCUUCAUCCUAAAUAUUCACUGCCUCCUAUAAAAAUUGAUUUUGAUGCAGAGCAGACAUAUUUUAAGCAGUAUUUACGUACGCCUGCUCAUUUAUGCGUGAAAAAGAUGUCGUUAUCAAAGGCAAUACCAGAAAGGAAAUCAUUGGAAUCAGCAUCAGUUGCUCAAUAUGAAACCGUUAUUGUAUAG